AUGAGAGAAAAUAUUUCACAAAAAUUAUUAAUAAUUUAUUCUAUAACAAUACUGUUAUUUUUUAAUAAAAUACAAAAAAACUUUAUUUUAGGAAAAGAACUUGAAAAAUACAAAGAAAAAAGUAGUGAUAAUAAACUUGAUUUAUAUAACCAGGAUGAAGUCGACAGAAUGUCUGUAACCGAACAAGAACCACAUUUAGUUAGUUCAAUAGAUUCAAAAUUUAAAUUUACAGAUGCUCCCAAUAUCGGUGAAGAUCCAAGUAAAAACAGUGAUUCUUCAUCUGAUAAUAAAAACACAAAAAGCAGUGAUAGCAGUAGCAGUAGUGACGAAACUAGUACUGAUAGUGAUAGUAGCAGUGAAGACGAUAAUAGUAGUAGCAGUGAAGACGAUAGUAGUAGUGGCAGCAGUAGCAGUAGUGAAAAUGAUACUGACAGUAAUAAUGAGACAUCAAGUGAUUCAAGUCUUGAUGAAGAACCUAGUACAUCUAAACAAGUUGGGAAAAAAAGGAAAAAAUCAUAUGCAAAAAAAUCUGUUAGAGGAAUUAAAAAAUUAAAAAGAGAAAAGGAACUUUCUGAAACAGAGAAAUCUAAACUUAGAAAAUUUAUCUUAAAACAUCACUUAACAUUAUUAAUAGCUGAAAUUGAAAUUCGGUUGUUUAACUCAAAAAAUUUGGUCACUACAGAUUACUGGCUAGAAAAAAACCAACUUAAAUUGGAAAAGGAAUUCGUCUUUGAUAUUGUGAAUGCAAUUGAACGACAAGAAACUCAUUUUAGAGGCUUUAAAUCACUAAAUCUUGGAUAUUACUUUGAAAAAAUUAAUAGAAUAAAACGAAAUUUAGUUCCAAGUUGUAUUGGUAAUGAGAAGAGUGUUUUUAAUCAAAUGAAUAUAUUUAAACAAAAUACUAAAAAAAUAAAAUGUAGUGAAAUAAAGUUGAGCUUCGUAAUUAUUAAUUUGAUAUUUAAGCACAACCUAUUCUUUAAUUAUAAUAUGUUUUUACUAUAUUUACUGCUUUGCUCGUAUACUGAGCUAGAGGAUAUGGAAUUUCAUGAAUCUUUAAUUAUGGUAUUAAAAAACCAGCAUUAUUUGGGAGCUAAAAUUUCAGUUAUUGGAGGAGAAAGUUUUUCCGAAUUUCUUAAUUACACAAAAAAUUUUUUUGAUGAAUAUUCAAAUUUUAAAAUUCAAGGAAUGGAAAAAUAUCAACAACUAAGAUUCCCUUUAAAUUUUAAAUUGAUUAAUGUUGAAGAGUUUGGAUUAAAUCUUUGUCUUGUAUUAUUAGAGUUACAUAUUUUAAGUAAAAACGAACUUAGUGAUAGACAAGUUUUUCUUUUCUUUGGUUCGAGAUUCAAAUCAUCUCCUUUGGUUUUAUUAGCAAAUGAUAUUUACAAGCUUGCAAAACAAAAUACCUAUAUUACUACGGAUGUUGUAGCUUCCAUUCUGUUUGAUAAUAAUACAUUCAUUAGAAUACAAAAAAGGAUUUUAGAAUUACAUAACCUAGAUCUUAAAAAUUUGAAAAAUCAGUUCAAUUAUUGUUUUGAAAUUAAAGAAGGUUUUAAUGAACUUCUUGGAAUUCGCAGAAAUACUGAUAUUCAAGAAAAGAGUAUUAUAAAAACAAUUAAUCGUCAUAAAGUUAAAUUAAACUUAAAAUAUCCAUUUUUAAAUUAA